UCCGUUCAGUUCCGCCAAAUGGAAAUCCUUUGAUCUCCUUCGAGUUUCGUCGUCGCCUUCUUUGUCGCUGCCGAAAAAUUCAGAAGCGGGAACCACACACAAAAGAUCAGGAAGCUGGAUUUCUGUGGGAAUCUGGUGGAUGUUUUCUCCAGGUAACAUGGCCUUCGUUCUCGAACUCUCGGCUAACUUGGAUUUCCGAGAGAGGUAUGGAUUUUGAAUUGGGUUUCUGAUUCCUAGGGCUUUGUUUGUGUCGGAAGAGACAAAUUGGUUCGUAGAAGUUGGGAAUUAAGGUUUCGUUUCUGUAUUUUCUGCAUAGUUGGCAGAGACGUGGAGAAAAGGGGGUUAGGGUUUUCCCCAUUUUUCUGUUGUUUCUGAAAAGGCUGAUUUUGGGGGAUGAAAGGGAGAUCGUAUUGGUUCCCGACCACGGAACCGCACGAGGACUGGGUGGAUGGGUCCUGGACGGUGGAUUGUGUGUGUGGUGUGAACUUCGAUGAUGGAGAGGAAAUGGUGAAUUGUGAUGAGUGUGGGGUGUGGGUGCACACUCGGUGCUCACAGUACGUUAAGGGAGAUGAGCUCUUUACUUGUGACAAGUGCAAGAGCAAGAAUAAUGUUAACGACAGUGAGGAGACGGAAGUAGCUCAGUUAUUGGUUGAAUUGCCCACUAAAACCUUGAGAAUGGAAAAAUCAUAUGGUCGGAGUGGACCGCUGAGGCACCCUUUUAGGCUUUGGACAGAGAUCCCAAUGGAAGAAAGGGUCCACGUACAAGGAAUUCCUGGAGGUGAUCCAGCUCUCUUUGAAGGAUUAUCGUCAGUUUUCUCACGAGAGCUGUGGAAGUGUACUGGGUAUGUGCCAAAGAAGUUUAACUUUAAGUAUAGGGAAUUUCCUUGCUGGGACAAGGAGGAGAAGGAUGAAGCACAAAAUGCAUGUGAAAAUGGGCCUCAAGCUGAAAAUGGUGCUGGCGUGCUGUUUUCUAUGUCAACGGAAAACGUUGUGGAUACUCCUGCCAGUGCUUUGGUUUGCAUGAGAAGCCUUGGGGAUAAGGAAACAGAUAGCUUGAAGCUUGGUGUGAAAGACACCAAAAGAUUGGAAUCUGAGGUAGUGGACACAAUACAUUCUCAGAAUGCCAUGAAGAAGGAUAAGAGUUUGCUUCGUCCUUUGCUUAUGAAUAAACAAAGAAAAGAAAUGUUGGAAGCCUCAAAAGAUCGAAUGAAGAAGAAGGUUAAACAUACAGACAAGGAGGAAGAUGAGAAGAAAUGUUUUGUGCGUAAAACAGCAUUUCGACGUACCAUUGAUUCUAAGCCAUCAGAAUCUCGGAAGGACAGAGAUCCCGAAGGUUUUUCCAGUGAUGUUGGGAGCAUAAAGAGUGAGAAGUCCAAAGAAAAUGUUCCUGAAGAUGCUAAUGAUCGUGAUCUUGCUAGUGGUGGUGAUAAAACCAGCAAUACAGCAAUUGCAGUUGAAUGCUCCAGGGACCUGCAGCUUUCCAAUGUUCAUGCUCAUGGUGCUGGAAAACAGGAUGAAAGAGUUGCACAUCAUGUCCGCAUUGUUCUAAAGACCUCUGCCAUCAGUGAUCCUUCAUCCCUGGAGGAAAAGAGUGUGGUCUACAAUCAAGCUAAGGAAGAGAGACAGAGUACAAUUGUUGAUACUUCAGAAGAUAAUGCAGAAGGUUCACCAGGAAGUUCUGCAAAGCCCUCUGUCAGUUGCACGGUUGGUACUUCACCAGAAGUUGAUGGCAAAAAGUUAAAUGAUGUUUGUGGUUCAAAUAGCUGUGGAAAGAACAGCUUACAAAAAGAGAUGGAUGAUGCCAAUGCCGGUGGAGCUGUUGGUCAACAAGCUCUUGACCGUGUCGAUUCUGAGGGUGCAGAAACCUCUACAUAUCAAAUCUCUGGAGCUUCUGAAUUCAACAAAAUGAAACUAAGCAGUACAUUUACCGAUAAGCACAAUAUGCAAUCUCUUGACAGGGCAUCAGAAAGAGUAAUUAAUAGCAAAGCAGACAAAGCUGAUGAGCUAUCCAGUCAUCCUGCAUGGGUUAAAAGAGAAGUUGUGUGUACAGAAGGAUCUAUGAUAGCGCAGAAAGAUACAUUGGAAUCCAAGCCCGAAUCACGUUUACUGCAAGAGCGGCCAGAAUCUUGCAGACCUGUUUCUAGCACCAUUUCAGGUUAUAGCCAGCCCAAAGUGGUGGUAUGCAUUGGAAAAUCAUCUUCUUCAGCAGCCAUGGAAAAGUCUUCUGGUCACACAGCUUCGGAGAAUUUUAGUCCUGGCUCGAAGCAGCAACCAAGAGAUGGCCACACUAAAGGUGAGAGAGACCGUGCUUCCAUUGAUGUGGUCAGAGAUAGAGACAGGGAUGACUCUUCAGGAAAAGCCUUGAAAGAGCAUCCAAAAUACUCCACCUCUUCAAAAUUGGUGCAGCAAGGUCGAGUGUCCCAUUCUUCGGUUUCCAAAAGAAAUGCUCCAGAUUCAAUGGCUGCUUCCUCUUCUUCAAAGGCAUCUUCAGCCCAGACUAAUUGUUCUGUGGAAGCUGCUGGUUCGCUUCUGAACCAGCACUCUUCGCAAUUGCAGAAUAAACAGUUAUUUUCAGGGAUUCCCCAGAAAGGUGACAAGCCUGGUCAACCAAUUUCCCAGUCCUCAUCUAAGAAACCUGCACAAUCAACACAUUCUAUGGCUCCAAAUUCCAGUGCGCUUUUGAGUGAUGAAGAGCUUGCUUUAUUGUUGCACCAAGAACUCAACAGUUCACCUAGAGUUCCUCGUGUCCCACGCAUGCGACAGCCUGGGAGCUUGCCCCAGUUAGCAUCUUCAGCUGCCACAAGUUUGUUGAUGAAACGAACUUCGAGUUCUGGGAGCAAGGAUCAUGGAUCGUUUUCUAGAAGAAAAAACAAGGACAUAUCGAAAGAUGGUUUCCGCACUUCUCGUGAUGUUGACAAAGUUAUGAAGAGCACAAGAUUGUGCUACUCUCCUGAUAGGAAGGCUCAAGAUAGUGGAAGCAGAGGGAGUGCAUAUACUAAAGGGGAAAAGAAUGAAACUCCUAAAACUCCAUAUUUCUCUCGUAAAGUAUUUCUUCCCCUUUCUUCCACGACGAGCACGAGCAGUGGACAAUGUUCCUCCAGUGAAUUAAAUGAGCAUAGUGUGCCUUCUCCACAUAGUUCACCGAGGACUACAUCAGAUGGUGGUCCAAUGCAUCAGACUUUGCCAAGUUUAAUCAAUGAAAUCAUGAGCAAAGGCGAGCGAAUGACAUAUGAGGAACUCUGUAAUGCUGUCCUGCCGCACUGGCCUCACUUGAGAAAACAUAACGGGGAGCGCUAUGCUUAUUCAAGCCAUUCACAGGCCGUUCUUGAUUGCUUGAGGAAUCGGCAUGAAUGGGCUCGUCUUGUUGAUCGUGGUCCCAAGACGAAUUCAAGCAGAAGGAAAAGGAAGCCUGAUUCAGAGGAGUCAGAUGAGAACAUAACGAGCAAGGGACAGGAGACAGUCGAGGGCGGAGAAGGGAAGCAGCUGUGUAACUCGCAAGGAGAAGGCUUCCCCAAAGGAAAACGGAAAGCGAGAAAAAGGAGGAGGUUGGCAUUACAGGGAAAAGGCAUUAGAGAAUUGAGAAAGAAGAAAGAUGAGGAGAUGAGCGAAGAGGAGGAGGAGACUGAGGCAAGUGAGGAUGCGUUCUCAGAUUCAAGCGAAGAGAGCAUCUUCAGUGAAGAAGAGGACAUGGAGCCAGGGGGCAACACCACCGCCGGUAGAGAAGUCUCUAGUAGCUCUGAGGAUACCGAAACCACAUCCUGAGCUCCAUUCUCCAGGUUCUCUCUCUCUCUCUCUCUCUGUUUAUAUGUCUCUUGCUGUGUAUAGACCAAAAGCCCCUUUUGUGUGAUCAAAUCAAUAGGGGCUUUUGCAUAGAAACACAUUACAACAGCUUAAAUCACCUCGCUAUUGCUGUUGUUCUUUUUUUCCAUUUCCGUUUUUUUUUCUCGUCUGGUGGGUUUGGUCUGUUUAUUGUUGUGGGUGGGGAGCCUGUUAUGGAAGCAGAAUCUUGUAGGGUUAGAGAUACAUAGAUGAGUUUAGGAAGAUGAAACAGGCAAGUCACAAAAGGGUGAUAGAUGACCAACGGUCCUGAUCCAUUCUCCUCCCAAUCUGUAUUAGACCGUUUUUGCACCCAAAAUCAAAAGAUAAUGAAAUAUACAUGUUAAAUUAACUA